CAAAUUAACCGGAAGUUGCGUUGCUCUCCAAACAUGAUGAUGCUGCUGAUGUCUCUGACAGCUAAGCGGAGCUACAAGACUUAUAUCUGUUCUUUAUAUCGUGUGUUAGGUUUUUCUAAAUGAUUGAAAUAAUGGCACAAAAAGUGAACUAUUUAUUUAAUUUAAAACGUAACAUUUUGUCUUUUUGUGACUGAAAUGAGCCGAUACGAGAGACGAGAGUUAACGUCAGUGUUGAACGUCCACAGCUGAUUUGAUAAUAUAAAACAAGAUAGGGAUGAUUUGGAAAGAUACUGUAACACAAAGUCAUUAUUUAUUUUACUAUUUUUUAUAAAUUGGAUUAUAAUAGCUCCAAAAGAGGCCAACCUAAGCCGAGCAUAUGAGGUCUAAUCAGUGUAAACAAAGCGUUGUUGUUGUUGUUGUUACGUAACAGUAUAAACCACCGUGAUCAUCAGUGUUAACACGGGCAGCUCUUCACCACCACCAUCAUGCCUUUUGUGUUUCUGGAGCGGUUCCCCUGGCCCAGUUUACAGACGUACACUGCGCUCAGUGCUGCCCUGCUGGUCGGGACCGUCCUGACCGUCUGCUCCUCUUCCGCCUCCAGCAGCCCGGAGGAGAGCCUCAGCGACCCGGCCCACAGCAGCUCCAGGAUCGGCCGCUACAUCCGGGACGGCGGGUAUGGAGAUGUGGCUGCAGAUGUCCUGCUGCACCUGCUCACUGACAGUGUCUUUGUUUGGGUAAUGGUGAACACGGCCUGCUGUGUCCUGCUGCUGUUCGCCAAACUCAUCCAGUGUGUGGUGUUCGGACCGCUCCGUGUCAGCGAGAAACAGCAUUUGAAAGACAAGUUCUGGAACUUCGUCUUCUACAAGUUCAUCUUUGUAUUCGGCGUCCUGAACGUCCAGACGGUGGACGAGGUGGUGAUAUGGUGGCUCUGGUUCGCCGCCCUGGUCUUCCUCCAUCUCCUGGUCCAGCUCUGCAAAGACCGCUUUGAAUAUCUGUCCUUCUCCCCGACGACUCCCCCGUCCAGCCACGCGCGUGUCAUUCUGCUCCUGGUGGUGCUGCUGUUGUGCUGCGGGGGUUUGGCGACCCUCUGCAGCCGCCUGGCUCGCAGUCAAGGCCGACACGCCGCCGCUUUCAUGGCUGCCGAGUGUAUGCUGGUGACCGUCAGGACCACACAUGUCAUGUUUCGGUACUCGAUCCACCUGUGGGACGUGAACCAGGUGGGCAGCUGGGACAAUAAGUCCUCGUACACUUACUACACCGACCUGCUGAUGGAGCUGCUGUUUUUAGGCCUCGACCUGCUGCAUCACAUCCACAUGCUGCUCUUCAGUAACAUCUGGCUCUCCAUGGCGAGUCUGGUGAUCUUCAUGCAGCUCCGUUUCAUCCUCCUGGAGGUUCAGAAGAGAAUCCGCCGCCACCAAAACUACCUGCGAGUCCUCCGCAACAUGGAGACCCGGUUCUCUGUGGCGUCCGCGGAGGAACUGGCAGCCAAUAACGAUGACUGUGCGAUCUGCUGGGAUGUGAUGAGCUCAGCCCGGAGGUUGCCCUGUGGUCACCUUUUCCACAGCUCGUGUCUGCGCUCCUGGCUGGAACAGGACACGUCUUGUCCAACGUGUCGGAUGUCUCUGAACAUCGGGGAAGGACGUGAAGGUCACACAGAGCGGGAGAACAGGGAGGCCGCCGCUGAAAACAUGGCCGCCGGCCCAGGGGUCGAAGCUCAGCUGCACCUCAACCAGCUCAACCACUUCUUCCACUUUGAUGGUUCUCGUAUUGCCAGCUGGUUGCCCAGUUUCUCAGUGGAAGUCAUGACAGCCACUAACUUUUUGGGCCUCGCACCACCCGACGUGUCUCAGAUCAACCCGAUGGCUCAGCAGAUCCACGAGAUGUUCCCUCAGGUUCCCCUCCCGCUCAUCCUGCAGGACCUGGAGAUCACCCGCUCCGUCGAGGUCACCACAGACAACAUCCUGGAGGGGCGGAUCCAGACCGCCGGCCCACCACUGGUGUUCGAGCGCCCACUCAUACAGGUCACCCCUCCACCUGAGGACGAGGGCGGAGCCAGCAGUGAGUCAGAGCAGGAAGAGGAUGACGAGUGGGAGGACGAGUGGGAGGAUGAGGAGGAAGACGAAGACGAGGAGGGAGAUGAGGUGGAGGAAAAGAACGAGAUGGAGGAGAAGCUGGAGGACGACGUGGAGGAGGAGGAGGUUCAGUUUUGUACGUCCACGGAGCGACGGCAGAAGCUGCUGCUGCAGAGGAAGGAGGAGCUGCUGCAGCGAGCGCGCAGAGACUUUCUGAGCAGGAGCACGAGGUCGACCACGGGGAACAUGGACGCCUCAGACAGGGACGCUUCCACCUCCGACCCUCUCACCCUGAGACGAGAAACACUAGCGGCCGCAGCAGAACGGCGCCUGCAGAGGCAGCCUGACUCCGCCCACUGAGCAGGACAGGAAACUGGCCGAGCUUUUUACUGACUACGUUACAAACUACUGGUCUGAUUCGUCUUCUGCCGAUGACAGUGUUAGAAAAAACAAACGCUUUUAUUACCUGAUGAUUGAAAAACAUCACUUUUCACAGGUGAGGCUGCUUCCAGGUGCUAAACGGAUCCCUCAAGACGAGGAGCUUCUGAUCCACAUGCUGCAGUUUGUCCGUAAGAAUUAGAAAAGAGAUAUUUUUUAUAGCGUAUCGUUGAAGAUUUGAAAAUAGAUAUUUAGGAAGAAUGAGCUCAGACUACCUGUUGAACGCUGUGUUCAGGUAACAAUGGGGUUGGAAAUGUAGCAGCCUGAUGCAGGUUAACCACACUCCUUUUUUAAGCCCCUCCCACACGUGGACUUUCUCUGCUCGAACAGUCCGUCUUUUAUUAGUCAGAUUUGUUUGUUUUAUGUUUCUCUCUCUUAACGUCUGCUCGCUCGUCCGCCCUGCUCCUGUUUACACAUUUCUAUCCAAAGUUUAACAAUUUAAAAGAGAAAAGACUGAAACGAGUUUUGUAAAUAUAAAUCAUAAUGAAGACGACAGUUUGACGGCUGCAGCUGGAACCAAUAAAUAAAUAAAUAAAUUGUCGUGAUGUUUUGUUUUUAA